AUGUCAACUAAUGGAGACUCAGUUGACAACGUAGGACGACAGAGUGAUUCUCCUGCUGUUAGUUCAUCUUCAAGAUCUGCACUCAAUAGUGAAGAUUUUGAUGCUCUUGAUGGAGAUCCAACAUUAGCAACAAAGCUGUUUGUCAGUUCAAAUCGUUUGGCGAGAUUAGCCGACAGAAUUCAGUGGACUGCUCGAGACUUAAUAGACAAUUCUACCGCUGAUGGUUCAUCACCAACAUCUGCCCUCAAGAGUGCAGAUUUUGAUGGUUUUGAUGAAGAUCUGGGUUCAGCGAGAACGCAGAUUCUCCAUUUUUCAGGCGUGUUGGGGAGAUUAGCGGAGGAAAUUAUGUCAGCUGAAGACUACGCAAUACAACUGGCUGUUGGUUCAUCAUCAACAUCUUCAAUCGAGAGUGAAAUGGCUUCAGAGCAGUUUCUCCAGAUUUCAGACGAGUUGGAGAGAUUAGCGGAUGGAAUUAUGUCAACUGCUAAAGGCUCAGUUGACAACGUAGGACGACUGAAUGAUUCUCCGCCUGUUGCAACAGAGCUGACCGACAGCAUUUCAAACCGGUUGGGGAGAUUAGCGGAGAGAAUUAAGUCAACUGCUGAAGAUUCAGUUAAGAACAUAGGACGACUGAGUGAUUCUCCAGCUGUUGGUUCAUCAUCAAUAUCUGCACUCAAGAGUGAAGAUUUUGAUGGUUUUGAUCAAGCUGUAGCAACAGAGUUGACUGUCAGCAUUUCAAACCGGUUGGGGAGAUUAGCGGAGAGAAUUAAGUGGACUGCUGUUGGUUCAUCAUCAAGAUCUUCACCCACAAGAAAGGAUGUCGUGGUUGGUUUUGAUGAAGAUAGGUUGCAGAUAAUGCCAUGGCUUACAAGCUAUUCAUCCGAGCUGCAAGUCCUCCCUAUUGUGGGAAUGGGAGGCAUUGGUAAGUCCACACUCGCUAAAAUUGUUUAUGAUGAUACAUUCAUUACUUAUCAUUUUGAUUUUCACGCUUGGGUCACAAUAUCGAAAGAUUACAGUGUAGAAAGUAUUCUUUCAAAUCUGCUUGCUUCGAUGAAAGGAAAAGGAAUCCAAGCAGAGAGUGAUUUACAAUGCGAGGAGAAGGAGUCUGAAAUUUACAAAUACUUAAAAGGUAGGAGGUAUCUCAUAGUAAUGGAAGACAUGUGGAGUACGGUAGCUUGGGAUCAGGUACAGAGGCUAUUACCUGACGAUAAUAAUGGAAGCCGGAUCAUAUUAACCACAAGGCUAAAGAAUGUGGCUACUUAUGCUAGCUCUAUGAGCCCCAUUCAUACGAUGCAUUUCUUGGAUGACCAACAAAGUUGGCGUUUGUUCCAGAAGAAGGUCUUCGGAGAUCAAGAUUGUCCUGUUGAGCUGCAAGAUAUUGGGAAAAAAUAUGUAAAACGUUGUGAAGGACUGCCCCUUUCAAUUGUUACUGUGGCAGGACUUUUAUCCAAGAUUGAUAGAACUCCAAAGUUGUGGAAGCGAAUUGGGGCAAAUGAUGGACAGUUGGAAACAAUAUUAUUAUCUUUGAGUUACAAACACUUGCCUAGACAUUUGAGGGAGUGUUUCUUGUAUAUGGCAGGCUUCCCUAAAGAUUAUGAGAUCCGUGUCUCAGAACUCAUCAAACUUUGGGUAGCUGAGGGCUUUUUGGAAGGUCGAGAUGAAUCUAAAACGUUGGAAGAGGUGGCGGAAGAUGUUUUGGAGGUGCUGGUCGAGCAAAGUCUAGUUUUGGUUACUAGCAAAAAGAGUGAUGGCAAAAUCAAAAGGUGCAAGCUUCAUAGUGUGGUUCGGGACUUUUGUUCAAGACAGGCUGGGGAAGAGAAGUUCCUUCUACCUAUUAUGGAUUACUUUCCUAAUCCUAUCGUGAGAAGGCAUUUUCUUCCACAAGUGCUACAAAAUCAUCAACGCGUAAGUGUUAGUUGGCAUGAUCUUGAUCUUAAAGACUCUACGCAUAGCUCAUGCACCCGUUCUAUUAUAUGUAUUUCACAGAGGGGGUAUAGGCCCAAAGGCUCUAUAGAGAAUUUUAAGUCACUUAAGGUCCUUCACGUUUUACGUUAAAGGGUCAUGCAUUUUGGGAGUUAGGUCAAGUGUUUGAUUUGAUUCAUCUCACUUACCUUGCUUCCAAAAUUCCUAGCAAUAUUAUUCCUUCAGCUAUAUCAAAGCUUCAUAAUCUUCAGACUUUAAUUAUUUAUAGAUCGGAGGUCAGCUUGCCUGACGAAAUUUGGAAUCUGGAGCAAUUAAGGCAUCUUAUCGCCUUUUCAUUUCUUCCUUUACCCGAU